GCAUUAAGACUCCACGUCUUACUUGAGUUUUGAAGAGAAAGGAGAUUUCAUCAAACAACAGUGGCAUGCACAUUUGCCGGGGUGCAAAGACCUGAUUGGUCGUCACAGGUGGUUCCAGAGUAUAAAUUGACGUUGAGUGAGAAAUGAUGUAGUUCAUUCUUUCCCACAUCAAGACCACUGCUUCACUUGCUCCUGAUACCAAGACAAAGGAUCAAGAUGAUAUCUAUAGUGCUAUUGAUGUGCCUGCUGGGCUUCUCCCUGGCUGCUCCAACUCCUGAUAGUGGAAGCGAUGAGCAGGUUGCAGCACAUGCCAACGAGGCCCUGAGAUGGAUGGAGCUCUACAGAAUGUAUGGUUCCCUCGGACAACUGGCUGCACCAGCUCAGCCCCCAAUGUUGAAUGCCCCUGCUGCAGCCCCUGCUGCCCCAGCUCAGGACCCAAAAUUCUUCUACCCACCACCACCAAUGAACUCAGAUGAAGAGGCCCCAGUGCCCCGUUAUGGCGGCUAUGGCAGAUACUAUCCCUAUCCUGGCCAGGCUGCCCCUGCUGCCCCCGCCGUCCCUCUGAACUCUGACGAGGUUGGAGAGGACGAGGCUGCCGCUGAGGACGAGGCUGCCGCUGAAGCCGAGGCUGAGCCAGCAGUGGACCACGCAGCUGAGGAACCAGCAGUUGUGGAUACCGCCGCCCCAGUAGACCCAGCAGCUGCAGCCCCUGUCGACCCAGCUGUGGAUGUGCCUAUCGAUGUUGUUAUACCCGCUGCCGUCGACAUCCCUGCCACCAUUGACACUGUUGCCACUGACAUCAUUGUUGUCGAUCCCGCUCUCAUACCGCCAAUCGACACCACCGUGGUGACUGGGCCUUCAGACCCCACCGUCCCUGUUAUGUAGGCGCCACAUCAACGGUUACCAGCCUGCUCCUGUGUCGAGCCAGGGAGACAUUCCCUGUCGUAUUCAUAGUAACACAAAGGCGGAAACAACAGUGAUGGGAAAAGAGCAGGGUAGGAGCAGGUCUAUGUUAUGGAUACUUGAAUAGGGACUGAAAUGGAAUUUGGCAAAUACGUGGGAUCUCUGUGAACCUCCAUGUGUGAAUGAGCCUGUACUGUCAUUGUGCAGUCACAAAAAAUAUGAUGAUUAAGUAUUUUCUCUUUGUUCUUUUUUCAUUCUUUAAAUAAAAAUGCCUGU